ACAGUGGCUGGGCGGGUUGGUGGGCGGGCGGCAGAUUUCCGCGCGGACACCCCCGGAGGUUGAAGUGCAACCACUGGAAACGCCACAGGAUUAUUCCAACGCACACGUACCGCCACGUACACGCGUACAAGAGCGCGCACGGGUCCGUUUGCGGUGUCGGACAUGUAGCGGCUCUCACGGAGGAGGAGGAGGAGAUGAGGAGGAUGGAUGCCUAACAGGACGGAUCGAGCCAGCUGUGGCCUGCUUCCAACGGCAACAUCUGGCUGGUGACAGCCGCUCGCCAGAGAAGACAGCUCGGCGUUUCACUGCAGCGUCGGGCUCACACACAGCAGCAUCCCUCUGAACUCCAACAUCCAAGUGUCAGAGAUGGAGGAAGGGGAUGCAGAAGGAGAGGGGCCGAGUGGCUGCACCACCACCACCACCACCACCACCAACCUACUGGCUUCUGUCAAAGAGCAGGAGCUGCAGUUUGAGCGGCUGACGCGGGAGCUGGAAGAAGAGCGUCAGAUUGUGGCAAGCCAGCUGGAGAGGUGCAUGCUGGGAGCUGAGUCGCCACCUGCAGACAGCAGCAGCUCAUCUGAGAAGUCGUUUGCUUGGAUGUCUGCGGAAGGAGACGCCCAGGGCGGAGCCAUAUCUGGACGUCAAGGUCGUCGCGUCGGGGCAGAGGAGGGACAGUACCCGCCUGAAGUGGACCGUGCAUCUCUGCAUGACAGUGAGGGCUCGGGGGGCCACUCAGCUCACAUGACCUCCUAUUCGGACAGCGGCUAUCAAGACAGCAGUGUCAGUUACUACAGCAACCAGAAUGUUGUGCGUUCUGAGCCCCGUGCGUCCAUUUCAAGAAGCCCGCGAGCAGAGGGUCAAGCAUCUGGGCAGCAAUCUGGUCGGGUCCUACGUAGGAUGACAUCCCUCCCCUCCAGGAGCCAGUCUCCUGGUUGUGCCACAGCCGGCACGGUCUCUCCUUCUCGCAUCUCCCUGCGAACGUCCCAGGGCAGCACCUAUGACUCACCCAUCCUCUCGGAGCCCAAACCGCUGGCCGCCGUCUUCCCUGGAACCACCAUGCCACCCUCUUGCCCGUCACCCUCGUCCCCGGCUGACGGCACACAGGCCUUGGGUGGUGGGGGAGCGGGUGGCGGUGGCCGUCUGGGCUCCACCCUCUCCCUCAUAGAGGGGAGGGGUUUGCCAGGGUCACCACUGCGCUCCGGGAUGACUGCGGUGCCCCAGCAUUAUGGCUCCACACUGCCCAGACAGGGCCAGUCACUGGCCUACGGUGCAGACCCGUACGGCCUGUACCAGAGGAGUGCCCUGCCCCGCCCUGACAGCCUGAUAGGCCUUCACAGCUCCUACGCCACUCAGUCAGGACAGAUUGACCCCGAGCUGAGAGCUGUGCUGUCUCCAGAUUGUCACAUGACGCCAGUUUUUGAUGACCACACCUUCCACAGCCCCCUGUACCACAGCCCCUCUCACGACCUGCAGGGGUCCCUCUACGGAACAGGCACAGGUGUGGGGACCCUCCCUCGCACCACGAGCCACUGCAGCACGCUGCCGUGCCAAAGAAGCAGCUACGGGCUGAACAACGCCACCGUGUACGUCGACUCCUUCAGGGUCCCCGGCGAUCCUGUUUACUCUCACCGGCACUCUGAUCUGGUGGAGCGGAUGGUCACGCGCACGCCAUCAAUGGAGAGCAUCCACAAAGACCCCAGAGAGUUUGCGUGGCGAGACCCAGAGCUACCAGAGGUCAUCCACAUGCUGCAGCACCACUUCCCCUCCGUGCAGUGCAAUGCCGCCGCUUAUCUGCAGCACCUGUGCUUUGGAGACAACAGGAUCAAAGUGGAGGUGUGCCACCUGGGAGGUAUCCAGCACCUGGUGGAUUUGCUGGACAACAAGGCGACCGAGGUGCAGAAGAGUGCCUGUGGGGCCUUGAGGAACCUCGUGUAUGGAAAAGCCACAGACAACAACAAGGUGGCACUGAGGAAUUGUGGCGGCGUCCCUGCGCUGUUGCGCCUCCUCAGGAAGACCACAGACAACGAAGUUCGUGAGCUGGUGACUGGCGUCCUGUGGAACCUCUCCUCCUGCGAUGCGGUGAAGAUGACCAUCAUUCGCGACGCCAUGACCACACUGACCAACACGGUGGUCAUCCCCCACUCAGGCUGGAGCAGCCUGUCACACCGUGACGAGCACAAGGUCAAGUUUCAGUCCUCCCUGCUGCUGCGAAACACCACCGGUUGUCUAAGGAACCUGAGCUCUGCCGGGGAGGAGGCGAGGAGUCAGCUGCGCUGCUGUGAGGGUCUGGUAGACUCCCUUCUUCACAUCCUUAAAGCCUGCGUGAACACCUCCGACUACGACAGCAAGAUUGUGGAGAACAGCGUGUGCGCACUGAGGAACCUCUCCUACCGGCUGGAGGUAGAGAUGCCUUCCUCUCGUCUCCUCGGCAACCAGGAGCUGGACACCCUCCUGGGAUUCUCCUCCCCGGCCAAGGAGCUGGACUACAUCUGCUGGGGCAAGAGGAGACGCGGGAGGAAGAGGAGCAGCUGGCCAGACGAGAAAUGGGACGGCAUGGGGCCCAUUCCGGGCUUCUCCCAGCCUCUGAGGGGUGCGGAGCUGCUGUGGCACCCAAUGGUGGUGAAGCCAUACCUAAACCUGCUAGCUGAGAGCUCCAACUCCGCCACGCUGGAGGGGGCUGCUGGAUCACUGCAAAACUUGUCUGCCGGAAACUGGAAGUUCUCUGCCUACAUCCGAGCAGCGGUGCGCAAGGAGAAAGGUUUGCCCAUCCUGGUGGAGCUGCUGAGGAUGGACAACGACCGCGUCGUCUGCUCCGUCGCCACAGCCCUUCGUAACAUGGCCCUCGAUGGCCGCAACAAGGAGCUUAUAGGAAAGUACGCCAUGCGGGAUCUAAUCAACCGGCUGCCUGGUGGGACUCCAUCGGUGCUGUCCGAUGACACUGUGGCGUCCAUCUGCUGCACGCUGCACGAGGUCGCCAGUCGCAACAUGGAGAAUGCCAAAGCUCUGGCCGACAGCGGCGGCAUCGACAAGCUGGUGGAUAUCAGCAAAGGACGGGGCAGAGGGUACUCCACGAAGGUUAUGAAAGCAGCAGCUCAGGUGUUGAACACGCUGUGGCAGUACAGAGAGCUGAGGACGCUCUACAAGCAGGACGGGUGGAACUACACCCACUUCAUCACGCCUGUCUCCACCUUGGAGCGAGAACACUACCGUUCGCAGCCGACGCUCCCCACCAGCCCCAUCCACAUGCCCCCUGUCAUCCAGUCCGGUGGGAGCGCUACGUCCUCACCAGCCAUGCUCGGGAUCAGGAGGCACAGCUCAAACUACCCCAGAGCGCAGUCUAUGCAACUGGACACCUACUACGGAGACGACAGUUUGCACAAACGUCAGUACACAGGGUCAGACAACACCAACCCAUAUUUCAUCGACACGUACUGCUCACAGUCUGGGGACAAGCUGAGACGGCCCCAGCAGCCAGAGCCGUUCUACGAUGAACCCGACAGGAAGAACUACAACAGACUAUACUUGUCGUCCCCGCACGGUUACAGCGUGGAGCACUACGACAGCGAGCCGGUCCACCUGACCCCGUCGUCCCCCGACGGCUACGUGGGCCAGGCGCUCCAGUUCAAAGCCAACACCAACUACGUGGACUUCUACUCCACCACACGGAGGCCUUCAAACAGGGCCAGCAAGUUCACCGGCUCCCCCGACUCCUGGGUGUAGAAACAGAAAGUUUGUUUGUGCGUGAACGUCCGUGUUUCUGGGUGAAAGGGUCCAGAGCGCCAAAAACUGUGUGCUCCUUUGGUGGUGGACUUGUCCCCACUGAUUUCAUCAUAAGGUGCCAAAGACAGGAGGGGUGCUUUUCGUAAGCCGAAACCUGACUUAUAGUGUUUGUGCAAAAUACUAUCCGCCAACAUCACACAGAAUCCUGAGAAGGGACUUCAGCAGCGUCAUGUGACACUCUCGACACCACCAACCUGGAGAAAAGUACCCCGAAAACUACACUCAACUAAAAUAUAAACGGUUUUUGCUCCCAUUUUUUGUGAGCUGAACCUCAAAAGAUGUAAAACAUUUUUUAUGUACACAAAAGCUCUACAGAGAAAUAGGUUAGACAUUAUGUUGGCCACAAUAAAAGGCCACCCCAAAAUGUGCAGUUGAACUGUAUUGAGUGCUGAGUGGUUGACAUGUCCAGGGAGUACGCUGGCCCAUGCAAGAACUCGGAGGUUUUUUUCAGCUUCCAGGAAUUAUGUGCAAAUCCUUACAACAUGGGGCUGUGCAUUGUCAUGCUGCAACAUCAGGUGAUGCUCAUGGACGAAUGGCACAACAACAGGCCUCGGUAUCUCUGUGCAUUCAGAAAGCCAUCAAUAAAAUGCACCUGGAGUGGUCCAUGUGGGUGGGGUUAUGGUACGGGCAGGGGCAUGAUACGGAACACAGGUGCAUUGUAUUGAUGGUACUUCGAAUCAGUUCAGAUCAGUUUUCAAUGGGUGACAUCAUCGAGCGUGUUUGGGAUGUUCCGGCUCGGCGUAUCCAAUUUAACCAAUACAGUGAAAGUGCACAUUUUGGAGUGGCCUUUUAUUGUGGCCACCUGUGCAAUCAUCAUGCCGUCUACCGGGCACUUUCAUAUGCGUAUAAAUUAUGAAUGCUCACCAACACAGAUUUAGAUGUAUCAACAAGAUAGGCCUUUUCUGUACAUGGAAAAGGUUUUGGAUUUUCAAGUUCAGCUCUUGAAAAAUGGAAGCAAAAUCGAAAAUGUUGCGUUUAAAUGUCAUCUGCUCCAGGUUUGGAGAGAUCACAGGUGAGUGUCUCCACUUCGGGAGAACUCUUGGCAUUUAUGUCUGUUGACCAAAAGUGCGGUAUAUACAGUAUAUAUAUAAAUACCUAUAUAUAUCAUAUGUGAAACAUAUCUAUUUGUACAGAUGUACAAUGUUGAACGUGUCCUGUCACAUUGUCGUACUCCACCUGUAAAACUUUUUAUGUGACAGUGUGAGGAAGAUUUUCUAUUUGUUAUUUUUAAUUCAUGUAUCUGUAACCUAACGGGGAUAGCCGAGCUGUCUGUUCGUCUAAUGCUGCUGCUGCUGCUGAUAAUGUGCUACGUUACAAAUGGAAAUAGGAGUAGGGAUUCAAGAUGAUGUGAUACAGUAUGAUCAAUAAACAGGAUAUUGUGGA